GGAAAAGUUCAUCAUCUCUACGACCCUUCCUGGGGCCGUCGCGCCAACAACCCUUCUCCUUUCAAUGACAGCCGUCCGCCGUUCGUUUCACAAAUAUUUUUCUACUCACACCCUGCCCCGAGAAAUAAAUACGAGCAGAAAAAAGAUAUUUCUCACUUUCUACUUUCCAGAUCCCCACCGGCAUUUCUCCGCCACACAAACUACCGCAUUCUCGACCGAGUUCAAGAAAGAAGCUGAAUCGAAACAAUGCUGCUGCGAAGCUCUUCAACCCCAGUUCUAGGGUCCCUUGUUUCGUCAAUCAACGAUGGCGGUCCGAAUGUUAUUAACCACCAUGAGAGCAGCAGCUGCAGUCCAGGCCUGUUCAAGCAUCAGCCCGGCUUUUCCAAGUUCCCCAGCUACCAUUCCUCUCCCAGCAUGUCCCCCGACCCUUCUUCCCUAGGUGGGUUCCGCCGCUCUCGGUCCGACGGGAACUUGGAAGCGCUGGCGACGUAUGAUUCCGGCGGCAACAGCAACAAGUACGCAGACGUGGAAACCCACAUCAGCCCUCUUCCCCCGCGGUUCCCAGUGGGGAAACCCGCCAGGUGUUUCAUGUUGGAGACGAUUCCUUCCUUCUCGUUUUACAACUCGAGGUACCAUUACGAGGAAGAUGAGGAGGAGGAGGAAGACAGCGAGGAUGUGGAAGAUGAGGAGGAACCCUACGACGAGGGGAUUUCUGCUGGAUUGGGAUUGAGUGAGCAGAUGGGGAAGAUGGGUUUGAGUGAUGGGAAGGUGAAUGUUAUGGAAGUUGGUUACUAUAGGGAUGAGAUGCAUAUUGCGAGAGGCCUUGGCAUUGAGCUGCUCCCCACUUACCCUGGUGGCGGAGGUGGUGGUGAUGGUGGUGGUGGUGGCAGCGGCCGUGGUGGCAUUGGUGGCGGUGGAGGAGGAUAUACUCCGGCGGGUGGAGAUGGUGGAGACAUGCGAGGGACAGAGGAUUACUACAAGAGAAUGGUGGAGGACAACCCUGGCAACCCUUUGUUCUUGAGGAACUAUGCUCAGUUCUUGCAUCAGACUAAGAAAGAUAUGAAGGCAGCAGAAGAGUACUACUCGCGAGCAAUCUUGGCCGAUCCAAACGAUGGGGAGAUUCUGUCUCGGUAUGCAAAAUUGAUAUGGGGGCUUCACCGUGAUGAAGACAGAGCCUCUGCCUACUUUGAACGUUCAGUUCAAGCUUCCCCUCAAGAUAGCCAUGUUCAUGCUGCAUAUGCGAGCUUUCUGUGGGAAGCAGAGGAAGAUGAGGAUGAAUGUGGUGGUGCUCAAGAAAUGGAUGCAAUCGCAGCGCCUCAACGAUUUCACCAGGGUUCCAUGGCUUCUGCAGGAGCUUAAGGGAGCCGCUCUGCUUACUGCUUAGUUGGUAGCGUUUCAGGACCUGUGGAAACCAGAACGGAAAUGUAGUAUGUAUAUAGGAGCCUGAGAGGAAGUAAUCCAUGACGGUCAGACGAUUUGGAUGACAAGUGUAGAAUGGUAUAAGAGAGGGAAAUGAAAAUGGACCUUCCCUCGCCGUGUACGUUAUCUUUCCUUCAGAUUCAGAGCUCUCAAAGAACUUUGCUUCUCUUACCAGCCUUCUCCUUCCCUUUUCCCCAUCAACUUUCUACCACCAUAAUAGGGCUUGGCUAUCUAUGGCUUUGCAAUGUCAUGUGCAACAAAUCGAUCAACGCCGAGAUGGUUUGUCCAGUUCAUCCAUGUUGUAGUUCGUGAUGAAUCGAGCGUAACUCGUUCGAUACGAAUACGAAGAACUCAAAAGCUACCAUCAAAGACCUUGAGCUAGCCUAAAAACUGGGACUGAAGCAAAUGUGAUUUUUGACUACUCUGCAGCGAGAGUCUAGCUCCUGUUUCUCCAACGAAACGGCUCAACUUCGAAACGGUGCCGUUUUCCUGAAGAUUCUAUUCCACCUAAAACCCUCAUGCUUCCAAUAAAUCACUGAUAGAUCAGCUUGACCAAAACCCUUCCUCCUCGAACUCAGCUUUCGCGAAAUCCCUAGCCCCACCGCCUAAAUUUCACAAUCGCCGAUUACAUGGCCUCUCAGGCAGCCAGAGGCGGCAUUUCGCUCCCGGAGAGGCGUCCUGCGAAGCGUCAGCAGCAGGAUUCCGACACCAUCCUCGCGAAGCUAACGAACUCCGAAAUCGUCUCCAAGGGCAAGCGAGCCGCCUGCGACACCGCCUACGUCACCAAGAGGCUCCUCCGCAGCACCGGGAAGGCGGCUUGGAUCGCCGGAACCACCUUCUUGAUCUUGGUGGUGCCGUUGAUCAUCGAGAUGGAUAGGGACCAGCAGCUGACCGAGCUCGAGCUCCAGCAGCAGAGUUUACUCGGAGCGCCACCGAUUGGUGCGCCUCAGAAGUAGUGGUUGCGGCAGUGGCGCCUCUCAUUUGAGUGUCUGGGUCAGAUUGUUGUCUGAUGGUGCCCGUCGCAAUCAGGAGGAGGAAGCAAGCACUUGCAAGUUGCAGCUCAUUGUUACACCACCAAGUGCUUUGCUUAGUCUCUAGAGAAAUCAGUGAUAUGCUUUCCAUUCUACAGACAUGCUUUGGCUGCUUUUAAUUUAUUUAUUUAUGACUUGGCCUGUGUUUCAGUGCAAAGAGGGGAUCUUUUGACUCAAAACGUUGUCUGCAAUCUGAGUAGUUGCUUUAUGCAAAAUGAUUCAGUGGUUCGUGGGUGAAAGCUUCGAAAUGGUGAUGGCCCAUUUGUUUGCCUUAGCCAUUAAGGAGAAUGGAUGCUGAUGUUAUCUUAUCUACCACAGGAAGUAACUCUUUUUUUCCUACGCUAAUGGUUUUACAUUUUUCCCGAGCUCACCGUUUCAGCUCCCAACUUGCUUCCUGUGUCAGUCUAUGAACGGUCCUUGUGCUGCAGCGGUCGAGUCGUGGCCCCAAAAAAUGGUGGGACGAUUGAUUUGUUGUUCCUAUUUUGGAAUAUGCAAGCGAGCGAGAUGUGGACGUGGCUCCCUCUCCCUAUUAAUGAAUCGUUUAAACAAGCA